UCGACGGCCGCAGCGUGUUUCUAUUUCGUCCUGCAAAAUCCUGUUUAAAAUCCUGUAAUUCCACUGAAAUUGCCCCCGGAACAUCCGUGGACACCAUGUCCAGCAAGUUCGAACAUCUGGUGGUGGAUACAACGGCGUUCAUCAAGAAUGUGCAGCUGCAGACGAUAGCCGAAAACUGCUACACUGUUCAGGGCGUGCUGGACGAGAUCAGGAAUGAUCGGCAGCUAAAGGCCUUGGCCGUACUUCCGUACAGUUUGCGGGUCAAGGAACCGGAUCCGGAAGUUCUAGCGAAGGUGGUGGCGUUUGCGAAGAAGACCGGAGACUUUGCCUCGCUGUCGAUGGUGGAUCUGAAGGUGAUCGCGCUGACCUACGAACUCGAAACGCUUCACGUCGGCAAAGAGCACCUGUGCGAGGAACCGAAGGCAGCGGUGACUAUUGCAGCCGCAACUAAGCCCAGCGUCUUGCAGGGCACGGAAUUGACGAAAGGCUUCUAUGCACCACCGAAAGGCAAAGCAGAGCGCCAGGACAGUCAAUGUAGCGGGCAGGAGAAAGCAGAUUCGGAGGAAGAGUCGAACGGAGACGAGGAACAACCAGAGACCACCCCGGAGAUCACCGAUGAGCUGUGCGAGGGAGUGUUGAAGAAGGUUUCCUUCGAUGAGGAGGCCUCAGACUCGGAAGAUCAAUCAGGAUCAGGUGAUGAAGAGGAAGGCGAUGAGGAAGACGAGCAGGAAGAUGAUGAUGGAGGCUGGAUCACACCAUCAAACAUUCAGCAAGUGAAGCGAGACUACGGGAUGGACUGUCUGGAGGAAACGGUAUCACCGGUCGCAUGCAUUACCACGGAUUUCGCGAUGCAGAACGUGCUGAAACAGAUCGGCCUGAAGAUUGCCGCUCUGGACGGACGAGUAAUCCGACAGUCUCGCACAUACAUCCUGCGUUGUUAUGCCUGCUUCAAGACCACGCCGGACUCGACGAAGGUGUUCUGUCCAAAGUGUGGCAAUCGCACGCUGAAGAAGGUGGCCGUCAGUCUCGAUGCCAACGGCCAGCAGAUCAUCCACAUCAACAGUCGACGACCCCUGACGGCCAAGUACAAGAAUCGUCCGGUGGCCAAGUUUGUCGGAGGCAAACACGGUACGAAUCCGCUGCUGUACGAAGAUCAACCUCUGCCGAUGCAGCGCGUCUCGAGCAAGGCACGCAACAAGACAAAUGCCCUCAGCGAUGACUAUACAGCCGGUUACUCUCCAUUCGUGAUGCGCGAUGUAGACUCACGGUCGGCCGUACUACGUGGAUCGUCUAAUUUGAAACAACGGAUGGCCAACUACGAGUACGAUAACAAACGGCGCGGUUAUCGGAAGUGAAAAGGUGCCACGAUCCUCCCAACCACCGUAGAAUCAUCCUUUUUCUUGUUGUACUUCUUCUGUUCCAACAAAACUGAAAAUAAACCCAUUUACACCACUCAACACCUGGUAUAGUGAAU